AUGGUACUGGAUGGAUAAAUCCUGAAAUUGUAUGUGUUUAAUUGUUGACGUUAUUAACCAUUAAAUUAAGUUAAUUUUGUUUAUAUUAUUUGAUCUUGUAUUUUACACUUAAUUGUAUUCCUAUGUCGCAUGAAAAUGAAGCUAAAGCCCAUUUGCCCCAAUCACUGGAAACCUUUGUGGCGGGAGAACAAGCAAUGGCGCUGGAAAUCCAGGAAGAAAUUUUCUCGAAUGAAAAGAUUUUUAGAGGUUUCAGAAAGCAACCCGUUGUUGUACUGGACCGAUUAAAUAUUACACCUUUCCUAAAUAAUAGUCGAUUGAGUUAUAAACACGGAGUCGCUUCAAGGGCUGGUAAUGGAUCCAUCAAGCCAGACUUGAAUAAGUUAUUUAAAUUAUGUUCAGUGGUUUUAGUGCGUGAUGAUUUAGAAAAGUUGAAGUAUGAAAUAAGCAAAAUUGCAAGUAAUAACUCUAAGAAUUCAAGUGCUAAUAAGUGUGGGAUUAUAUAUUAUAAUUGCAGUUUCUGCAGUAAAAUAUACAAAAGUGUAAAACGAUUGCAAAAUCAUCAGGCAAAGAAACAUGAUAGGGUUGAAAAACCCCAGCCACAGAAGCGGGUGAGUUUCUCUGAUCAUAUAAUUGUGCAUGAAGUUCAGGAGUAUCAUAGAUGCAAGAAAUGCCCAAAAAUAUUCACAGACUAUAAACAUUUAAAGAAGCAUAUAAAGCUAAAGCAUAAGAAACGUAGAUUUUACAUUUGUAACUACUGCUCUAAUAAGUUUGUUGACAGAAUACUCUUCAAAAAUCACAUUAAAUUGCAUUGUGAUUCUUGUGGUCUGUUGCUACCUAAUAAGGCUCAAUUUAUAGAACAUAAACAUAACAUAUUAUGUCGUAGUGUUAAAAUGUACAAUUGUAAGACAUGCAAGGAGAAUUACUUCCAAUUUAUGGAUUUAAAGGACCAUAGCUACGAACACAUCAGCAGCUGUUUUGUUUGUGAUAUAUGUAAAGAUCAGUUUGAAACUAAAUGUGCCAUAGCACACCACAUCUCAUUUUUACAUUCGGACAAGCGUCCAGAAGCAUUAUAUAUCAUUCGUAACCUGGGAAGCGAUAGACUUUACCUGUGUAACUUCUGUGAGGAGAGUUCUGUUGAGAAGGACUUGAUAGAAUCGCAUGUAAACAUUCUGCCUGAUUUAAGCAACCGUGCGAUGACAGGUUACAAAGAUUUUUACUUUUGUGAUCAGUGUUUGAAGAAGUUUGAUAAGGAAGCUGAUAUGCUGCAACACAAGUGGUCACACUUCUUAAAAACAAGUGACAAUUCUCAAUUAAGGGAAAAUCUCACAGUUAAAGAUUCGGUUACAGAAAAGGAAAGUAAUAUUAAUCCGAAUGUGCCUAAUACAACUCCACCGAUAGCUGUAGAUAAGACAGUUGACACAACUAACAAAAUGUCAUUAGAACAAGGGUCGAGUUCUAAGACGAAUUUGCCUGAAACCGUGCAAAUCAAUGGUGUGGACCAGAAUAUGUUCAUUGAAAGUCAAUUAAAAACCUUACUUACUAACCCUGCACCCUCAACAAGUCCACAACCUUGUAAUAACGAAGCUGUUGGUGUGCAUAUUGAACCAAUAGACUAUAUGAAUCCACCUAAGAAGGCUAUCGUGGAUCCAAAAUCUAAAAAGACUUUAUUAUCCAGGUUUAAUUGUGAGAUCUGUGGAAAAUACUACUCUUCAAAUUACACCCUGUCAAGACACAAAGCGACACAGCAUUUCCCGAACAACAAUCUAAGGUGCAACAUCUGUGAAGAAACAUUUGUGUGGCCCUCUUUAUUGCAGUCACACAAUUGUAUUCGUAUGAACAUACCAGAAAUGCCAUUUGAUGAUGCUAGACCAGAAAUACAGUUUGAUAACCUCCAGGGUGCAAGUAAUGGUCUCGAGGAAUUAAACAUUGACGACGAUGAUUACAUAGUAGGUGUCGAUUUCGAUAUCCCGGCCCCAAUUGUUGAAUUAACUGAAUACGAUCAUCAGAUUAUAACGGACCCCAUACCUGAAAAGAUCAACCAUAUCAACGAUUUAAAGACACGUGUACAAAGUUUAGGUUAUAAAUUAGUUUUGCAAGAAGUACCAAUAGAGUUCUAGGGUUUAGAUCUAGUGCUUUAGUGAAGUUGUAAAUCAAAUGGUGCGUCAACAAUUUCUUGAGUUAUUAGGUUAUGUUGUGUAUUUUCUUUCGAAAAACUUUGAUGCUAAAUUAAUAAUGUAAAUAUGGUUAAGGCUUAUUAAUUAAAGGGAGGCUGUGCACAGGCUACUUCAGGCUCUAUUGCAAUUUGUUAAACUAAUUACAAGCCAACCAAGCAAUUUUGAUGUGUUAAAUAUGACGUCACUUGCACCCCGAAGCUAAACAUAUUGGUGCAUACGAUGUGAUAAAAGUAAAAAUAGGAAUGACUCCCAUCAUAUGGUUACGUCUUAGCCGAUAAUAUUAUAAACCGGUGAGGUAGGGUAAGAAAAACAGGUAUUCUUAAUAAAAUACUUAUUUACAAAAUAACCACAAGCAUAAAUCUUGUAUCUCAAACUGUAAGGUUUCAAUCUUAAUCUAGUUCUUCAAUUCUGCUAAUUUCUGCAUUAAUUCUCAGAGUAGUUGUCAUUGUUAUUAUCAUCACUGCUGUUUUUACCCAUUAAAAUAGAAUGUUCCAAAUAUUCCACUUAUUUUAAACAAAGAAAAAUAUGUUUUAAAACAUAUUAAUAUGUUAUGUUUAUAAUAAAUACUGACUGCCCCUUUUUUUUCUUUUUUUUUUUUGCCUGCCUCUUUGGUAUAUUAGUAAGCACGACUGCUGAUCGAGUGCUCCCGGGUCAGGUCUAAAAAUCAUUUAUUGAGUUUUUCUGUCAAAUACUUCUAAGUAGUCAGGAAAUAGGUAGUGUUUCAUGGUUGGAUCGGAUUCCCAUGGGACUAUGAAAGUGCGGGAAUAAAGACAGGAUUAUAGUGUGCUAAUGUGUUCUUGCGUAUAAACUCGUGCACUACAAUCCUGUUCUGCACAGAUGUUUAUACUUUGUUGAGACAUUGAUAAAACAUACUAACAAACAGAGUUUUCUAUAUAUAAUACACACACAUAGAGUUCUCAUCUUCUUCAAAAAUCUCUUUGUGUGUCCCCUGUAUUCAGUUUCGUAAAUUAUUUUUAAAACUAAUUAAAACCAAUUAAAUCUUCAAUAAUUCUUUUAAAUACUUAGACUUAGAUUCAAAUACUAAGAAUAUUUUAAAAAGAAAAAGCUACGUAAACAAAAUUAUUUUGCAAACCGUACUUUUAAAGAGAGAUCUGAUAGUCACUGAUGUUCCUAUUCUUAUUUUGAUUGCAUUGUAUGAUGCUUAGACUGGCACGGUAUCCAAAGAAUUGUGGUCAUGGACACAUCUCACCCAUGUCUCCACAGUUAGUCAUGUUUAUAGUUAAAUUCAAGCUUACAGCUAACGUACAUCACAAUUGUCAGCUACAUUAUACCUAGUUGUCUUCGAGGCUUUUGUUAAGCCAAAGUUUUAUCACCAUUUACCAUCAGGUGUGUAGUUCAACACUGACAUGUAACAGAAAGAAAAAACACAUCUAAUUGGCUUGGUGGACUUGUAUUUUUCAGACGGUACAUUUUAAUUAUGUUUUAUGCUGCCAGUACAUUUCAAUUGUGUUUGCACAUGUGUUACUUGAUACUUACAUAUAUACACUACUAUUAUUUUGAGUUAUGUCGUUUUUAUUUCCCUCUGUCGCCUCUUAACACCCAAGGGAUGAUAUGGGGUUAUGGGGUAUACUUAUUUUAUUUUAUCGAUAAAAUACGUGAUCAACGGAGUUGUCAUGUUUGAAGCAGCAUCAGAGCAAACAUUAUUUGAAAAACAAACCAGUUGACAAUUUUAACUAUUAUUAUUUAAAAGUUAGAACCUAUGGUUUGCAAUACUCUCCUCAUACACGGAGACACAUGUAAAGAAAUUGUGAAUUGUAUCUUUAAGGAUAUGAGGAAAGCUUUUCAAAUUGUAAUUUAUAACAUUUUUAGUUAUUUGUUAUGAUACAAAAUAAAUAUACAGUUUCAUCAUCAUCAUCAUCAUUACAGCCCUUCACAAGUCCACUGCUGAACAUAGGCCUCCCCCAAAGAAUGCCACAAAGCACGGUCCUGAGCCACCUGCAUCCAUCGACUUCCUGCAUGUCUUACCAGGUCGUCACUCCAUCUCGUGGGGGGACGCCCUACACUUCGCCUACCGGUACGAGGCUGCCACUCGAGAACCUUUCUUCCCCAUCGGUUGUCGGUUCUUCGAGCUAUAUGGCCGGCCCACUGCCACUUCAGCUUACUAAUCCGUUGGGCUAUGUCGGUUACUCUGGUUCUACUGCGGAUAUCCUCAUUCCUAAGUUUAUCACGCAGAGAAACUCCGAGCAUAGCCCUCUCCAUAGCUCGCUGAGCGACCUUGAGCUUCCUCAUACGGCCAGCAGUGAAGGACCACGUCUCAGUUCCAUAAGUCAUCACUGGCAACACGCACUGGUUGUACAAUUUCGUUUUCAGGUUUUGAGGUAUGUCUGACGAGAAGAUGUGUCGUAGCUUCCCGAACGCUGCCCAGCCGAGUUGAAUCCGUCGAUUGACCUCUCGGUCGAAGUUGGACUUACCUAGUCGGACUAUUUGUCCCAGGUAAACAUACUCGUCAACAACUUCGAGCUUAGUGCUCCCAACAACUACCGGCAUAGGUGUGACAUGGACAUUGAACAUGAUCUUUGUUUUAUCCAUGUUCAUCUUAAGACCUAUCCGUUGGGAAACACUAUCGAGGUCAUUGAGCAUCGUGCUUAGGUCCUCCAGCGAUUCUGCCAUAAGGACUAUAUCGUCGGCAAAUCGAAGGUGAGUGAUGUACUCGCCAUUGAUGUUGAUACCGUAUCCUUUCCAGUCCAGAAGCUUGAAAACGCCUUCCAAUGCAGCGGUGAAGAGUUUCGGGGAUAUGACGUCACCCUGUCUUACACCUCUCUGCAAUUGGAUAGGUUUCGUACUCUGGUUCUGUACUUGGAUAGCCAUCGUAGCCCUACUGUACAAGCACUUCAACACUUCGAUAUACCGACAGUCAACUUGGCACCGCUGAAGGGACUGCAGCACCGCCCAAAUUUCGACGGAAUCAAAGGCUUUCUCAUAGUCCACAUACGCCAGACAUAGUGGCAAAUUGUACUCUUCGGACUUCUGUACAAUUUGCCGAAGGGUAUGUAUGUGGUCUAUGGUGCUAAAGCCCUUUCGGAAACCGGCUUGUUCGGGAGGCUGGAAGUCGUCAAGUCUGCGCGCGAGACGAUUCGUAAUGACUCUCGAAAACAGCACGUAGACGCGGCUCAGAAGGGAAAUCGGUCUGUAGUUCUUCAAGAGAGCGUUGUCACCUUUCUUGAAGAACAAGACCACCGCACUUCUGCUCCACGCCUCCGGUGUAAUGCCACCAUGGAGGACGGAAUUAAAGAGCUUCUGAAGGACUUCAAGUACCGGUCUUCCACCCGCUUUCAGAAGCUCCGCUGUAAUUCCAUCCUCGCCUGGGGCCUUACCGUUUUUAAGGUGCUGGAGAGCCAUUCUAAUCUCGCUCAGACUGACGUCCGGGAUAUCUUCGGAAUAGUGUCGGAUGAGACACGCUCUUGGAUCGUUACUCACACUUGCGUGUGGCUCCAACGAUGACGUGUACAGCUGCCCAUAGAACCUCUCAAUCUCACUCAAAAUCUCAGGUGUCCCGGAAACGAUGCUGCCACAUCCCGUCUUCAGCUUUGACAGGUGGCUCUUUCUGGCAGACAGAUCUCUGGCAAAGACUUUGGAGCCUUGGUUCCGCUCGAUCGCUUCUUCAAUACGAGCUGUAUUGAAGUUGCGUAAGUCCCGCCGCAUGCAUUUGGAGAUCUGUCUGUUCAGAUGCCUGUAUGCUGUCAAGUCUGUUGAAGAAUGUAGCUUCAUCUCCCGUCUAACAGCCAUGAGAUUAAGAGUGUGAUCGGAGAGUUUUUGUGUUCUUCUGCGGCGGGUCUUGCAGAACUUAGCUCCGACCGCAUGGACAGUUUCCACGAGCUUGUCAUUCAUAUCGUCCACUUCAUUGCAGUCUUCUAGGCACUGAAAACGGUUUUGUAACUCGAGCUGAAAGGUUUCGGGACUUUGGAACAGAGCACGAGGGUAUACAGUUUAUCUGUAACUAAUUUCAAAUCAUUUUAAAUUAUUUUAGUUAAAAUGCCAUCUGUAACAUGCUUCAUCAGUACAGGCACUUAUUAUGUUUUAUUAAUUUUAAGGUUAUGUUUUAUGUUCUAGUUAUUAAUCUUAUAAUUAUUUUGUUUUAUCAUACAAGGUUUAUAUUUUUUGACAUUUUAGUAUCCAGGGAUAUUUUAAUAGAUUUUUAUAUAUCUAGAGAUAACGUAAAUUGCACAGUGGAUUUGGCAUCAAAUUAUUUGGAGAGGAAAGCUUUACAAAUAUUUCAUUGUUAAUUUUUAAGUUAUUAAUCAUAAGGUUUUUAUAUUCUGUCAGCAAGGAUUGUAUUUGUAAUCUGUUCAUAGCUAGGGUAUGAUUGGAGUAUAUUACAUAUACGAUAUUGUAAAUUGCACAGUGGAUUUGACAUUAAGUUAUUUGAUUAGUAAGAAAGCGAUUAAAAUCCUUCUAUGUUACAUUUUUAGUUAUUAAUCAAGGUUAUUUUUAUUAUUAUGUCAUAUAAAUAUAAUAGUAUGUAUUUUAAACCAUCGCAGCCAGGGAUAUCAAUUGGCUGAGCACUGGCCUCUUCUGUUCCACUGAAUUAGCGGACUUCAUAUGCUAUUAAUACUUGGCUACAUUUGAUCAUGUUGAUCAGGUGGAAAGGUAGCCAAGUAUUGGCUUAGUAAAAAAAAUACUUACUAUUUUGUCAAUGUGUUCGUCGCUACAGGAGGUGGUAACGCAAACUUAUUUUUAUAAACUCAAUCCUGGAAGCGAAUGGGUUAUGUGUUAUUUUAUGUGCUUAUGUAUAUUAUAUGAUGUGUGUGGUGCGUAUUUGGUUUCUUUAUUUUGUACUAAAUUUAACUGACAAAUAUAUUAUAUACCAUACCUU